ACAAAGCUAGCUCCACAGCAACAGCAAAAUCAACAAGCACAAGCUUCCCCCUCCACCUUUGACUUCGCGUCUCCAUGAAGCCUCUGCUUUUCUGAGCUGUCCUUUCCACCUCUCUUAACCUGCGAUUCGUUUCGUCUGGGAAUCAGGAGCCGAAUGGGCUGCGCUUUAUCAUCGCCCGACAAAGGCGACGGGAAUGGGAAAAAGAUCCGGAAGCCAAAAUCUUGGAAGCAUCCUCAGCAAAUAACAAAGACUCAACUCAUGCAGAUGCGGGACGAGUUUUGGGACACUGCUCCUCAUUACGGUGGCAGGAAAGAGAUUUGGGAUGCACUUCGAGCUGCUGCUGAAACUGACUUAACCCUUGCGCAAGCAAUUGUAGACAGUGCGGGGAUCAUUAUUCAGAGUGCUGAUUUGACGAUUUGCUAUGAUGAAAGAGGUGCAAAAUAUGAACUACCCAAAUACGUGUUGAGUGAACCAACCAACUUGAUUCGAGACGUUUAAUACCUGAGAGGAAGAUACAUGGCUCCUUUUGUGCACAGAGAUUGAAUGUAAAUCAUGUACAUUAUUCUGUUGUACGCAUUCAAAUCUUUCACAAAGUGUCUUUCUGUUUGCAUUCACUUUGGACUCCUUUUAGCCUGCUGUAAGUUUCUUCUGGUAAUUGAAUGAGAAUGCAACAACUAUUUGGAUUUAUUCCCAAACAACGGAAUUUCUUCUCAUCUUAUGAAUGAAAAUACUUUUGGGUCCA